AUGGACCAGACAGAGCCCAUCCCCGAGACUCACCACCAAGAGCGAGUCCGAAAGUAUAUAGACGACACUCUCGCAGGGCUCCUCAAUGCCAUGUCCGACGCCAAUGGAAACUCCUCAAUAGCAUUGCGACGCAGAUCGGGAAAUGUUGUCUUCUAUAUCAACCCUGACAGUGGUGCUCUGGAGACCACAGAUACGGGGUCCCUUCUCACCUAUUCAUGGCCAGGAAAGGAUUGCUUCGAAGCAUGGAGAUUCACAAUCACUCUGCGUCUUCUAACGGUCAUUGCCGACGCGAUCGACGCUGGUCUGGUGGUGUCAAAAAGAGACAUCUAUUACAGCGAUCCAGUCUGCUUUGGAUCCCAGAGAGUCGUUGACGUCCUCGUCGAUGACAUCGCCUACACCAUUGGCGUUAACCGGGCAUCGCUGAACGUGGAAGCAUCCGCAAAAGGACUCGUCGCGGGCCAGUACAGAUUGAUUCACCCAUCGGCCCAUCCUAUGGAGGCGCGUCUUUCCUCCGAGAGCAAUCUCGUACCACGGAUGCAGGAAAUAAUGGGGAUAGAUACCUCCGAUAUUGACUGGGUCUUGGCUGUCUACCGCCGACUAGUAGGAAGCGGAUAUCACAACACAGCAGCAGCUGGAAAAGGCAUUCUCAUCACAGUAAGCAUAAGCCAAUUCCCCCAGGGCAAAGGCUAUCCCGAUUACUCCACCAGAGCAUUCAUCCGGAAACUAUUCGACGCGCCCUCCCAAUCCCAAUCUUACCGACGUCCACAAUUCCUCGCCCUAGUCGACGGAGACCCCGACGGACUAGCCAUCCUAGCAACCUACAAGUACGGGUCAAUGGCAGCAGCGCACGAGAACCGGCAACUGAAUGUCCGCGGUCUGCGCUGUCUGGGCCUCCACGUGUCGGAUGUCGUUUCGGGAGCGGACCCCUGUGGGGAUGAUGCGCUCAUGCGUCUGACUGUUAGAGACAGGAGGAAGAUCGUUACCAUGCUGUGCAGGAACCCGGUUUUCGCGGUGGACGGGCCUGAGCUGGGUUGGCGUGCGGAAUUACAGCGUAUGCUGAUGCUCAAUGUGAAGGCUGAGAUUGAGAUCCUUUAUGACCGGGAGGGGGGGUUGGAGGGGUGGAUUGAUCGGAGGAUGGAGGUGUUGUCGUGAUCUUGACGGGUGGUCAUCAUGCAGGCUAAAG